AGGGCGUAAACUUGUAUGUUACCAUAUGGCAACACUAGGCGUUUGCACUAAGUGAUUUCAAAUAAUUACAGAUAUGACUUUUCACUUGCGGAAGCGCUUGAUAUGGUGUAUAACGAUGAUCUUGACGGCGAUAUUUACAUUGAGCCACCAGAACCCAAUGUAGACACAGAUGAGGACUCAGCUGACGAGGACGAUGGCCGGCUAGUUGACAAUUUGACAGCUCGACAGUUGCGAGCCCCGGCCGAAAUGAGAUUAUACAAUCACGAGAGAUUGGGUACCCAAUAUGAGGUUGAAUGUGAUGCAAAUAUAGCAGAUCAGGAAACAAAUACUGUGCCUACUCCGGUUCUUGUGCAGGAAUACACAACUUGGCUAAAAGAUAGGCGAAACCAGUCUAAAUCAUUUAUACCUCAGUGAGAAAAAGGCGCAGACUAUGCAGUUGUACCGCCAAAAUAUUUUCCGCCACCAGAUUAUUCCAGAUUUAAGCAA